AUGCAGAACGCCCGAGUUAGUGAAACCUGUCAGGUCGACAACAAAGAACGCGACGCGACUUCCGUCAGCUCAAAAUGGAAUAUGGACAGCCUCCGCAACAUCCUGCAUUACAUCUGGAACCUGGAAUGGCGCGAAAAGAUCGAACAUGAUUGUCUAUUCUGCGACUCCACCAACUUUAGAGAAGUUGUCUUUGAGGACGAUACAAUCCUUGCCGUGGAGAACCACCGCAAGGCAGGAAAGUCGCACUGGCUGAUCGUGCCGAAAGCGUCGGCGGGGCGUCACAUUCGCGACAUUGAAGCUCUAACGUCCGAAGAUGUCCCUCUCUUAAACAAGAUGGACGAAGUCAAGAAGCAGCUGCUGCGGCAGCACUACCCACGAGUGCCACCCGCGGCGGUGCACUCGGGAUACCACCGAGGGCGCAGAACGCUGUUCGGCCCCGUCGUCUGGCCCGACAUCAUAUCGGUCCAUCACUUGCAUCUGCACGUCAUCGUCCAGCCCGAUUUCUGGUUGCGGUUGUUCAAAUAUCCGUCGUGGCUGCCGCUGAUGUGGAUCUCGGACCAGAAAGUGAUGGCGCGGACGUCGAGGGGUCGGGUGACACCGGGGAUGUGA